AUGAAGUUCAACUUGAUUAGCUGUUUGGUUGGCGUCAGCGCUGCUUCUGCGGUGUGUAGGGCUGAGGGUAAUAAUCCUCCAGAACCACCGAAAAACUACGCAGUUGCCAUGUACAACUCCUUUGACAUAAUCGACGUCUUUGGCCCCAUAGACGUCCUCUUCUAUCUAUCUCUCAUGAAACAGCUCAACCUAAACUUGAUUGCAGAGACCAUGGAUCCAGUCUGGAUGCGCCCUCCCAACCAGGAGUUGAACAAGUUUGACUCCAACUUCACAGCUGCCUUCAAGCCAACGCACACAUACGACAACCCGCCUGACAAUGUCGAAGUCCUGAUUGUACCAGGCGGACUGGGGAUGAGAUUCGGAAACUCGUCCGACAUUGCGGUCGACUACGUACGCAAAACGUACCCCAAGCUCAAGUACCUUUUGACCAUUUGCACUGGCGCGGGUAUUGCGGCCAAGGCUGGCGUCCUGGAUGGCAAGAGGGCCACGACGAAUAAGUCGGCGUGGAAGGAGGUUAUGCCGUUGGGACCAAAGGUGAAGUGGGUGUCGCCGGCGAGAUGGACUAUUGAUGGCAAUAUUUGGACGUCUUCGGGUGUGACGUCUGGAUUUGACCUCAUCUUUGAGUUUAUUGACAAGAUAUAUGAUAAGGAGGUGUCGCGCAAGAUUCAAGGGGCGGUAGAACAUGUGCGAGCAAAGGAUGCUUGUGAUGAUCCAUUUGCGGAGUGGCAUAAGGUCCCUCCUACUGGUGACUGCAAGGCAUCCUCAUGA